AUGUCCAUUACAGACUUCAUCAUACAUGAUGAAAAAGUACCCUUACCCUUACACAGUGGCCCUGAGCAGCGGAAGACAGUGGGCCAUUAUGGGUGUUUCGAGCAGAUUCCAAUCUGCUUGCUUCUGGUGCAGCUGUGUGAGAGGUUCGCUUUCUUCGAAGUUGUCUGCAACAUGAUCCCCUUUUGCACAGGGAAGCUUGGCUGCUACAACCACCAGGCGGCCAUUCUCAACUUGGGCUUUAUUGGAGCCUCAGUCCUGACCCCUGUUUUCAUGGGAUGGCUUGCGGAUGAGUACCUCGGAAGGAACAAACUGGUGUACAUAGCCUUACCUCUGCAUUUACUAGGCACUGCCUUGUUAUCCGGGCUUGCUUUUCCCAUGGAGGAUUCCUACAGAGGCGCACAGAGGAUAACUGUGUAUAACAACACGCCCGUGGAGGAGCGGGCUGGGUUGUUUCAUGUAGCACUGCUGACCCUCUGCCUGGGCACAGGAGGAAUAAGGGCUGUCAUCUGUCCGCCGGAUAUGCGUGGCCAUCAGGAACGGGAGUCAAAGAAGCCAAUGUCAUUUUGUAACUGGGCCUCCUGGACCACGAACCUGAAUGCAGCUGUGGUCUUUCUGGGAAUCUCCAGCAUCCAGUGUUUGGGUUCCCGGGCCCUUGUGGUCCUGCUUCCUUCUCUGUCCGUGUUCACCGCCUUGGUAACUCUUUACAUGAAGUCUUGCAACCUGAUCUAUCAGCCAAAGAACCGUUGCUCCCUCCUGACUAUCUCCAGUGCGUUUUUUAGGACCCUGAAAACACACUUCCUGCAAUACUGCCACCUUGGGCAAGAUGGAUCGAGUUGGGUAGACCAUGCCAUGGAAAAUCCUGGUGGCUACCACAGUGAACCCCAGGAGGGAGAGACAGAAAAGGUCUUCUCCGCACUCUUGCCCCUCUUCAGCUUCCAGCUCGUGUACAGAAUGUGCCUUAUGCAGAUUCCUUCUGGAUACUAUCUUCAGACCAUGAAUUCCAACCAGAGCUUGGGUGGCUUUCCUCUGCCAAUUGCACUUAUGAAUGCCAUCAGCCUUCUGCCAUUAUUAAUUCUGGCUCCCUUCAUGGAUUACUUCAGCAACUGUCUACUUCCCUCUAGGAGAGAUGGACCAUUCCUGUCAACGUGCAUUAUUGCUGGUAACAUUUGUGCAGCCUCCUCUGUAGCAAUGGCUGGCUUCCUCGAAAUAUACAGGAAAUUUGCCCAGGAGCAGUCUCCUUCAGGCAAACCGUUCUCUGUUUCCUCUAUGAGCUGCGUCUACCUGGUUCCACAGUAUGUGUUGCUUGGAGUGUCUGAAGUCCUGGUAAACCCAGCUGUCUCCAUGGUAACACACAGAGUCAUCCCAAGCACCUUCAGAGGAACUUGCAUGACUUUUUUGACACUGCUCCAUGGAUCUGCCUGUUUCGCAGAGGCACUGCUGAUAGAGUUAGUUUAUCUCAUCUCAGAAGGUAAUUGGUUUCCAAACACAUUAAACAAAGGAAGUCUAGAGAACUUCUUCUUCCUGCUGGCAUCCUUGAUGCUGCUGAACAUCCUGGGACUCUGGAGGGCUUCACCGAGAUAUUGUAAUCUAAAUCAUGUUAAUGCCCAGAGCACCCAUGCAAAUAAUGGUGAAGAAACUCUUCUCCUCUCUGAGAAGUCUCUGACGUUUUAUGGCAGUAUACAGGAAACAUCUUGA